AUGAUGGCCGAUCAUUUGGACGAACCGCCACAAAAGCGGGCUAAAAUAGAUCAAUCGACUCUACGCUUUCUGGAAGAAAAUCUACCCGAUGAGUUGGUUUCCUCGAACAGUGGAUGGUCAGAUCAGCUUAGCACUACUGGUGGCGGCGUUAAUGUUGUAUCCACAGCAACCGGCGUCGGCACUGGCGGACCAAACAAACCUCCUACUCAGGGACCUGGGUCAGGCGUUGUGCCACCACAAAUGAAUGGAGCCGGUGGCGGCGGGGAUGAUGGCAGUGGUAAUGCCGGUAGCGGCGCUGCUGGUAGUCAACUACGUCAAAUGCAACAUCACCAGCAUUUGCAGCAUUUUUUGCAGCAACAGCAGCAAGGUAACAAGGGCGCUGGCGGUGGCAUGGUUGUGCCUGGCAUGAAUCAACUAGGCAGCAAAUCACCCAGUUUGCAAUCGCCUAACACGGGUGGCAUACAAGUGACGACACAAAUGGGCAUGGUCAAUUCUAUGCCCAUGUCCAUAUCAAAUAAUGGCAAUAACGGCAUGAAUGCUAUACCAGGCAUGAACAGCAUUGCACAGGGAAAUCUUGGCAAUAUGGUCCUGACAAACAGUGGCGGCAUGGGGACCAUAGGUGGCACGGGCUUGGUCAAUACACUGAAGCAGCCUGUCGCUGCCUCCUUGAUGAACGCAGUGCCCGGAUCAGUGGGUGUGAGUUCCGUAUCCGGCGCAGCGCCUAGUCAGGGUAUGCACAUGCAAAAUGGUCCGAUGAUGGGACGGAUGGUUGGACAGCAACACUUGCUUCGUGGUCCGCAUCUAAUGGGCGCUGGAGCGAGCGGAGGCAGUGGACCGGGUGGUGUUGUUGGCGUCGGUGGCGGUCCUCGAAUGCAAAACCCAAACAUGCAGCUGGGCCAAAUAAAUAAUAUGCCUUACGGAGUCGGUAACUAUGGUGCACCUAGCAGUAACAAUCCGCAGCAGCAGCAACAGCUACUUGCUCAGCAGAUGGCACAGCGGGGUGGCGGCGGCGUUGUAGCACCCAAUAUGAGCGCGGGCAUGCCCCAAGGAAACCGACCAAUUGGCACAGUUGUACCAAUGUCCAGUCUGGGUGGAGAUGGACCACCACCUGGCUCAGGUGGACUCGUUGGAAAUCCCCAACAGCAGCAACAAUUGGCGGCAGCAAACGCACAAAUGAAUCCCCAGCAGCAACAGCAACCGCCGAGUGCGCAACAAAGUGCACUGGGACCACGCGCGCCGCAACCCAAUCAACUGUUAGGACAUUCUCAGCAACAACAGCAGCAGCCAGGAACAUCUCAGCAGCAAGCAAUUUCAUCUGGAGUGGCUUCGUCCGUUAGCGGGCCUGCUCCGGCACCAGGCAGCAUGUCCGAUGAACGCAAGAAACAAAUACAGCAGCAUUUGAUGUUGUUACUGCAUGCCCACAAGUGCAACCGGCGCGAGAACAUGAAUCCCAACCGUGAGGUCUGCAGUGUCAACUAUUGCAAGGCCAUGAAAGCCGUGUUGGCCCACAUGGCCACAUGUAAGCAGAGCAAGGACUGCACCAUGCAACAUUGCACCUCAUCGCGCCAGAUACUGCUCCAUUACAAGACCUGCCAACGAUCCGAUUGCAUAAUUUGCUAUCCUUUCCGCCAGAAUCACUCGCUGUUUCAGAACGCUAGCGGCGCAGGAGGUGGUCCUACCGGAGCAGCCAACGCAUCACCUUUACAGCAGCAACAACAACAGCAGCAGUUAACACAAGGCCAACCACAGGUUUCGCAAAAUCCGUCGGGCGUAGGUGUCGGUGUUGGAGUCGGCGUCGAUAGCAAACAGGUGGCACAGAGCGCCGGAACUGGCGGCACACAAAAUACGGCAAUUGUGUUACCGCAGCAGCAGACGCCCGGCGCAACCAAUGUACCUAAGAGUAAUACGGACUUGGCACAGCAGCAGCAGGUGCAGCAACAAGAGCUUCGACGCUUUGAGAGUGUUGGCAGUAUUGGGCCGGUCUCAGCGGGGAUGUUGGGUGUGCCGGGGCAAGGGAUGCCACCCGGUAUUCGUAUGCAGGGCACUCCAUCUGUUCGCGUGCUUGGUGUACAGCCUGGAGCAGGUGGUGCAAUAUCUGGCGGAGUGCCUGUGCCCGGACAAAAUGUUUUACCCGGGUCGAAUGAUGUGACCAGUUUACAACAGCAGCAGGCGCAGGCCGCACAGCAGGGUGGACAACUAAUGCUGCAGGGUUGCAAUACUAGCACUGGACGCAGGCGCGCGAUUCCCAAUAUGGUUGAACAGCAGCCCAAUGCGCAGCAAAAUGUUCAACAGCAACAGCAAUUGGGCAACAUUCCAGCGCCACUGUCGGUCAACGUUGGUUUUAACAAUGCCAACUUUGUAGGCGUCGGCGAAAAGCAACAACUAGGGGGUCAGUCGGAUCAGAUGGCUAAGCUCAAAUUACAGGCUCAAUCGCAAGGACAGGUACAGGCACACGUCAGCGUUGUGUCAGCAGGCGCGCCAGGUACUGGCAAUAGCACAGCCGGUGCUAGCGUUUUGAUGCCUGCAGAUACCACAGGAGUUGCCAACAGUUCAUCAAGUGGAUCAAAUUCAUCAAACGCGGGAGCGGGAAGCGCAGGCAGUGCUGGGGGUGCAGGCGGUGCCCCAGGAAGUGGGAGCGACAGCGAGAAAGACUGGCGCGAGUCGGUGACAGCGGACUUGCGCAAUCAUUUGGUACACAAGCUGGUGCAAGCCAUCUUUCCGACAUCGGAUCCAACUACAAUGCAGGACAAGCGCAUGCAUAAUUUGGUCUCGUAUGCCGAAAAAGUGGAAAAGGAUAUGUAUGAAAUGGCUAAAUCGCGAUCCGAGUACUAUCAUCUGCUUGCAGAGAAGAUCUAUAAGAUACAAAAAGAAUUAGAGGAAAAACGUCUCAAGCGCAAGGAGCAGCACCAACAACAAAUGUUGCAAAUGCAACAAGGCGGUCCCAACAGCGGUGUCGUCAAUCCUACAUCAGUACCCAACAAUUCGCUUCAACAACAACCGGGUCAGGGCGUACGUCCUAUUAUCAGUCCAAUGGGUAGUGGUGGUGGUGGCCCAAGUGGCAUGGUUCAACAGCAGAUGCGUCCUCAAGCUCCUGGCAUGGGGAGCGGCGCUAGCCAGCAGCAGACGGCAGCCGGACAAGCCAACAUGGUGGCUGUAGCGGCAAGUAUGCGCAGUCAUUCGCCCGGUGGCAAUAUGCUAGCCAUACAGCAACAGCAGCAGCGUAUGCAGUUCCCGCAACAGCAGCAGCCUGUUCAAGGCAAUAUGUUGGUUGGACCAUCAGGUCCAAGUCCCGGAGGAAUGGUAGCUAAUCCAGUGCUAUCUCCCUUUAACACGCAGCAGACCAUGCAAUCAGCUUCGUCAGUUGGUGGAGGCCCAGGCAUAUUAACGAGUCCGGUGACCGCUCAACAACAACAGCAGCAGUUCAUCAAUGCCAAUGGCAGUUCCGGUGGACAGAAUUCUCAAAUCAGCGAGAUAAUGAAACAGCGUUUGCUGCAGCAACAUCAACAGCAAGCAAACGCAGCCAUGCUAUUACCACAGUCACCCUUUAGCAAUGCUACGCCUAUCCAGCAGCCACAACAGCUGCAACAGCAAUCGAAUGCAUUUAGCUCACCCAUGCAGCAAAAGGCUCAGCAGCCACCUGGAAGUGUGCUAAAUAAUAUGCCGCCCACUCCCACCAGCCUGGAUGCACUCACUGCAGGAGCACCUAGUGCUGGUGCUGGUGGCAUUGGUGGCGGGACUGUGACAGCCCCAAGUCCUUCGCCUAGUUUCAUGUCGAACGGACCUAUUGGCACACCAUCAAACAAUCCGCCCUCUGUAAGCAGUCUCAUGCAGCCGUUAAGUAAUCGAGCAGCAACACCGCCAUAUAUACCUACCUCGCCAGUGCCGGCUACCAGCGCUUCAGGGUUGGCAGCCAGCAGUACUCCCGCUUCGGCAGCAGCUACAUGUGCAAAUAGCGGUAAUAGUAGCAACAUUAGUAGCACCAGCAAUUCUGUAAUCACAACGACAGCGGUUACAGCGGUUGUCAGUACUCCCAUAAGUUGUGCAUCAGGGGCAACACAAACAUCAACGACUGCAACAAGUGGCAAUGUAAAUUCAACGCCGGUAAGCAGCACGGUGCUGCUGGUGGCACGCAGCAAUAGCGACAACACUGCUACAGGCCGCGUGAUGAGCACCUCGAGUAGUUUAUCAUCUCAGAUGGCUGCACUGGAGGCGGCGGCGCGUGAUAACGACGAUGAGACGCCGUCGCCAGCUGGUGCUAAUGAUACAAAUGGGAGUAAUGGUGGUGGUAGUAGUGGAGGUGGUGGAAUGUCAUCAAAAGGUAAACUGGAGUCUAUUAAGCAAGAGGAUGAGAUCAAAAAGGAGUUUAUGGACGAUAGUUGCGGUGGCAAUGGCGAUAGUUCACAAAUGGAUUGCUCGACAGGUGGAAAAGGCAAAAAUGUAAACAAUGAUGGUACCAGCAUGCUUAAAAUAGACCUUAAGUCGGAGGAUGGAGUCGCUGGUGACGUAAAGAUCAAGUCAGAGCCUAUGGAUGUGGAUGAAUCAGCGGUUGUCAGUGGCAUUGCUACGGGCGCGAAUGGAGAUGGUGGCGGUGGAAGCGAUGGCAAAGAUGAUAUUAAUGGUGCUAUUGAUGGCGUUUCUGCGGGAAUUGCAUCAGAUAUCAAAAUUAAAUCUGAGACCAAACCAAUGGUUCCAGAGCCACUCGCACCGAAUGCUGGCGACAAGAAGAAAAAAUGCCAAUUUAACCCAGAAGAGCUGCGCACUGCAUUACUGCCGACGUUGGAUAAGCUUUAUCGUCAGGAACCGGAGUCGGUGCCAUUUCGUUAUCCGGUCGAUCCACAAGCUUUGGGAAUACCCGACUACUUUGAGAUUGUAAAAAAACCCAUGGAUCUAGGUACCAUCCGCAAUAACAUACUUAAUGGCAAAUAUAGUGACCCCUGGGAGUAUGUAGACGAUGUGUGGCUAAUGUUUGACAAUGCAUGGCUUUACAACCGCAAAACAUCACGUGUCUAUCGUUACUGCACCAAGUUGUCAGAGGUGUUCGAGGCUGAAAUAGAUCCUGUGAUGCAAGCAUUGGGGUAUUGUUGUGGUCGGAAGUACACAUUCAAUCCGCAGGUGCUAUGCUGUUAUGGCAAACAGCUGUGUACGAUACCACGAGAUGCCAAAUACUACAGCUACCAAAACAGUCUAAAGGAAUACGGUGUUGCCUCAAAUAGAUACACGUUCUGCCAAAAGUGCUUUAAUGACAUACAAGGAGACACUGUAACUCUGGGCGAUGAUCCACUUCAGUCACAAACCCAAAUUAAAAAGGACCAAUUCAAAGAGAUGAAGAACGACCAUUUAGAGCUGGAGCCCUUCGUUGAUUGCCAGGAGUGCGGACGCAAGCAACAUCAGAUCUGUGUGCUUUGGCUUGAUUCAAUAUGGCCGGGCGGUUUUGUAUGUGAUAAUUGUUUAAAAAAGAAGAACUCAAAACGAAAGGAGAACAAAUUCAAUGCCAAGCGAUUGCCUACCACCAAACUGGGUGUGUACAUUGAGACACGUGUAAACAAUUUUCUAAAGAAGAAAGAAGCUGGCGCUGGUGAGGUGCACAUACGAGUGGUGUCUUCAUCGGACAAAUGCGUUGAGGUUAAACCUGGCAUGCGGCGUCGGUUUGUUGAGGGCGGUGAAAUGAUGCAAGAGUUUCCAUAUCGGGCAAAGGCCUUAUUUGCCUUUGAAGAAGUGGAUGGCAUUGAUGUCUGCUUCUUUGGUAUGCACGUACAGGAAUAUGGUUCAGAAUGCCCAGCGCCUAAUACUCGACGCGUCUAUAUUGCUUAUCUCGAUUCUGUGCAUUUCUUUCGACCUCGCCAAUAUCGCACUGCGGUUUACCACGAAAUAUUACUCGGCUAUAUGGACUAUGUGAAGCAGCUGGGCUAUACGAUGGCGCACAUUUGGGCGUGUCCGCCCUCUGAAGGGGACGACUAUAUAUUUCAUUGUCAUCCGACUGAUCAGAAAAUACCUAAACCGAAACGUUUGCAAGAGUGGUACAAAAAGAUGCUCGACAAAGGCAUGAUUGAGCGCAUCAUACAGGACUACAAGGACAUACUUAAACAGGCCAUGGAAGAUAAACUCGGUUCGGCCGCUGAAUUGCCCUAUUUUGAGGGGGAUUUUUGGCCGAACGUACUUGAGGAAAGCAUUAAAGAACUGGACCAGGAAGAAGAGGAAAAACGCAAACAGGCCGAGGCCGCCGAAGCUGCUGCUGCUGCCAACCUUUUUUCCGCUGAGGACAACGAAGUCAGUGGCGAUGGCAAAAAAAAAGGACAGAAAAAGGCCAAGAAGUCCAACAAAUCAAAAGCAGCACAGCGCAAGAAUAGUAAAAAAUCCAAUGAGCAUCAGUCGGGAAAUGAUUUGUCCGCCAAGAUCUAUGCAACCAUGGAGAAGCACAAGGAAGUUUUCUUUGUUAUACGCUUACACUCGGCGCAGUCUGCAGCAAGUCUAGCUCCCAUACAAGAUCCUGAUCCGUUGCUCACCUGUGAUUUGAUGGAUGGACGUGAUGCAUUCCUGACACUUGCCCGUGACAAGCACUACGAAUUUUCAUCAUUGCGACGCGCACAGUUCUCCACACUAUCAAUGUUGUACGAGUUGCACAAUCAGGGCCAGGACAAGUUUGUUUAUACCUGCAACAACUGCAAGACGGCAGUAGAGACGCGCUACCAUUGUACAGUUUGUGAUGAUUUCGAUCUCUGCACGGUGUGCAAGGAGAAGGUUGGACAUCCACAUAAAAUGGAAAAACUCGGUUUUGAUCUUGACGAUGGCUCGGCUCCGGCUGAUCUUAAGCAGGCAAAUCCUCAGGAGGCACGCAAACAGUCCAUUCAACGAUGCAUUCAAUCCCUGGUACAUGCGUGUCAAUGUCGGGAUGCCAAUUGCCGUUUGCCUUCGUGUCAAAAGAUGAAACGGGUAGUCCAGCAUACAAAGAACUGCAAGAGAAAGACAAAUGGUGGCUGUCCCAUAUGCAAACAGCUGAUCGCCCUAUGCUGUUAUCACGCUAAACACUGUCAGGAGCAAAAGUGCCCAGUGCCCUUCUGUCCUAACAUUAAGCACAAACUAAAACAGCAGCAGCUACAGCAAAAAUUGCAACAGCAACAAUUACUGCGCCGCCGCGUCGCCCUCAUGUCCAGAACCGCAGCUCCUACUGCUUUACCCGGACCAGCAGUAAGCGGCCCUGUAGUUGCAGCAGGUGGCGUCGGAGUUGGUGUGCCAGUAGUGGGAAUGUCUGGUGUGGCAGUCAGUCAACAAGUAAUGUCCGGGCCGGCUACUAUAUUGCCAAGUAGUGGCGGUGGCAUGAGUCCAUCCACAGUGCCGGUACCGUCUCCGGUUUCUGGUGCUGUUAUCGCUGGUAUGACCUCGCCACAUCCACACCAACCAGGCAUUGGCAUGAAGCCCGGUGGUCACUCGCCGUCGCCAAAUGUCCUACAAGUGGUCAAACAGGUGCAGGAGGAAGCAGCACGCCAACAAGUGCCGCAUGGCGGUAGCUUUGGGAAAGGCGUACCAAUGGCUCCACCUGUAAUGCAACGGCCCAUGGGUGUAGGCGUACCAAACCAAGGCGCGAUGGGCGGCAUGGUCGGCAAUCAGCUUGCUGGAAAUGUAGGCGUGGUACCCGGUGGUGGACAGAUGCCCAGUGGGGGAAAUUGCAACAAUGUAUUGAAUUCUAAUAAUCUACUACCAAUGGAUCAGUGGGGUGGAGGCGGUGGUCCUCAACAACGUUAUGCUAACAAUACGCCUAAUCAGCAAGGAAUGCGUCAGCCAAACCAACUGAUGCAGCAAAAUAUACAGCAACAACAGAUGUUGGGCAUACCAUCCAAUCAGCUGGGCGUCGGUGUUGGAGUGGGUGGCAGCGUUGGGGCUGGUCAGAUGCCCGUAGUAGGAGCUGGCGUCAGCAUGGGCGGCGGCGGAGCAGCUCAUGGUAUAGGCUUAGGUGCGCCGAUUGGUGCUGCAACCUCUGGAGGCGGUGUUCGCCCACCAGGCGCACAAGGUGUAGGCGGUGGUGGAACUGGAGGGGCGGGGCCCAACAUGGUUAAUGGACCGCCACUCAACACGCAAACACUAGCUCAAAUCAUGCAGAAGAUCAAAAACAAUCCGACUAAUGAGAGUAAUCAGCACAUACUGAGUAUACUAAAGCAGAAUCCGCAAAUAAUGGCGGCCAUCAUAAAGCAGCGCCAGCAGAGCCAAAUUAAUGCUGCCGCUGGCGGAGCUGGUGGAGCCGGAGGCGCACUGCAAGCUGGCAAUGGACCACAAACACCGCAGCAGCAACAACAACAGCAGCAGGUGAUGCAACAACAACAAAUGCAGCAUAUGAUGAAUCAACAGCAGCAGGGACCUGGCCCUGGACCACAGCAAAUGGGACCUGGCCAACAGCAGCAAGUCAGCCUAAUGCAGGCUGCACAACAGCCGCAACAGGGACCUCCGCAUCAGCGCAUGGCUAACAUGCAGAAUACAGCUAUGAUGUUGCCAAAUUUGCCGCCGGGUAUUACCAAUCAGGGGGGCAUGGUGCCAAACCAAAACUGGACUAAGAUGCGCUAUAUGCAAAUGAAUCAAUAUCCGCCACCAUAUCCACAACGCCAACGCGGUCCACACAUGGGCGUUGCUGGUCAACCGCAAUUUCCAGGCGGCACAACUGGCAACUUUAAUGCAGGAAGCGCUGGAAAUGUUACCGGUGUACAAGUAACCGGUACAACUGUUGGAAGCGGUGCGGCUGGAACCGUCUCUGACCAAUAUUCCAUGGCCAAUGCGGCAGCCUCCAACAUGCUGCAACAGCAGCAGACCGUCGGGGGUGCAGGGGUUAAGCCUGUGGCACAACAGCAACAACAACAACAGAUGGGUGUAAUACCACCAGGAAUGCAGCAACAGCCGAUGCAGCAGCAACAACAACAGCAAAUGAUGCAGGCUGUAGCAGCUGGUGGUGGGGGUAUGACAAGUACAAAUCCUCAAAAUGCGCUGCCUGGUGGCAGUAGCGGCCCAACUGGACCCGGCUCAAAUGUGAUGGGCCCGCCAACACCGCAUACCUUGCAGCAGCAACUAAUGCAGACGGCUCGCUCCUCUCCACCGAUACGGUCGCCACAGCCAACGCCUUCGCCCAGGUCUGCGCCAUCCCCACGCGGUCCAUCUGCAUCGCCGCGCGCGCAGCCCUCGCCGCAUCAUGUAAUGAGCAGUCAUUCACCGGCACCUCAAGGGCCACACGAUGGCUUGCAUAAUCACGGCAUGCAUCAUCAGUCACCGCUGCCGGCCGUGCCUCAGGAUGUGGGCGUUAGCGGUGUCAGUGUUGGUGUUAAUGCUGGUAACGUGGGGAAUGCCGGUGGCUCUCUGCCUGAUGCCUCUGAUCAGCUGAGCAAGUUCGUGGAGCGGCUCUAGUGCAACAACAUCGCCAAUGGCAACGGCAAUGACACCAACAACAAAAUCAGCAACAACACCUAUAAAUAUAACGUACAAACGCAACAGUCAUCGCAGUCCCUUUACUUUUGAUGCUUGGCCCUGUCGUUUGUGCUCUUAUGCUGAAGGUGUUGAUUCUUCUGCAUUAGGUGGCUAUACAAAUUAUUACAAAAACAUUGUGUGUUUAUCAUUAUGUAUUAAUUAUGUACUUUCUUAUGUAGAGAUAUGUUUACUAUCAGCUAUCGGCUGUCAACUAUUAUGUAAUUUAGUUUAUUUUUGUUUCUGCGCCUCAGGUUGUGUUGACAUUUUGACAUGCAUUUGCAGGAGGAUUGCAACCACGCGUUUAUAUACACUUUUAUUUAUAAAUUUAGAACUUUAAAAAAGCACAGACAGCAUCUGUAAUUGCAAAUGCAAAAUUGUAAUAAUGAUUCUGAUUCUUAUGUACCAUAUGUAUGCUCAUCGUAAGGGCGAAAAUAUUUUUUUUUAUAAUUUACGUAUUCAAAAACUUCUAUCAAUGUUGAGUGCAAUCGAUUAGGAGACUUGCUCGAAACUUUGGCAAAUGGGUAAUAUAUUUUUUGUAGACGUAAAACGUUCAAUUAUGUUUUCUCUUUAGUAUGCAAAAUAUAUACAACACAAUAUAAAUAUAUAAUUCUAAAGAUGCUGGAAGUAAACGAAAAGCAGAAUGUAUCAGAAAAUAAGGAGAAAAUAGUACAUCAUAUUAUAUCUAAAGAAUAGUACAUUAAAGCUAGUACAUUAUUUCAUUAUACAUUUUAUUUAUUUAAGUCGUUUAUACAACGUAAAUUCGAUUUGACCUACUUGUCUUAAAUCAACAAUUUCAAUGAUGCAAAUAGUUUUGAAGCUAAUUUAUUCUUAUUUUAAAAAGUUAAUUUUUUACCUAACUUUAAGUCAAAAAAUGAUCAUUCUAAAUCAAGAGACACGCAACAAACAAAAAAAAUAAUAAUAAUAAUAAAAUCCAUGUGUUAGGACUAUCAUAACUUUCGAAAGAAUAUAGACUAUAUGAACGCAUGUGUACAGUGGUUUACGGCUACCAAUUCAUAAGCUUAGUUAGCGGUUGUCAGUUUAAUAUCUGCUCCUUAUAGGAGCUUUAAUUGGGAACACGUUUAGAAAAUACUUUUUAUUUAGAUACCGUUUUACAAGUCGCUUCAUUUUUUUUUUUUUAUCAACUUCCAAUUGACAUACAACAAUAAGAUUAGUAGAAAAUGCAACUACAACCCCAAUAACACUAACGACCAAAUAACCCACAUAAAAACAAUUUAGGCAGUAGUCAAAAUUUAUUAAACAUUUUUCAGGCUCGUUUAUCACAUAAAGUUAGCCGUGCGUAUGUGCGGUAUUUUUCUUAUGCCUUUGUUUUUCAUACGCAUAUGCAUACAUGUACAAUACAUUUUUGCUAUCAAUUGUAAAUACAUACCAUAAUUUAUUUAGUAUUUCAUUUUGUGAUAGCUGGUAAAAGAAAAACAAGAAUCAUAUUUAAAAACAUCGGUUCUAAUUUAAUUUAAUUUUAUUUUCUGUGCCUCGUUCACAUUUGUCACUGAAACCGAAGGCAGAAUAUAAAAUGUUAUUAUAUUGAAUAUUCAAAUUUUAAUAAAUGCUAUUUAUUAACGCUAGGCACAUACAUUUAGCUGUAGGAAGCUAGUCGUAAGGCGUACACUAUUUACUAGGUUAUUAACAUUUAGAUUGUAGUCUACAUUUUUUAUAAGCUUUGGAAUACGCAUAUUUUUUACAAGAGUUGCCGCCGCCCAACAAUCGUAGAGAACGAGAGAGAGGGUUAAACAUUUGUAAAUUAUAAACACCUACACAUACACAUAGAUACAAAUACAGAGUAUAUUAACAUUUGUUUAAGUCGAAAUGUAACUGCACAUAACAAAUGCCUUCACAAAUGCGUUAACAGAAGAAAUCGAACAUUUAAUGUAUAAAGUAUACAUGCGUGUAAGCCUUGUAUGUACAUUGCUGUAUGGCACGUAUAAAAACAAAUCCAAUGGUCUAGUUCAUAGCCUUGCAUAAAUUUAUAUGUGUAACCAUGAAACCAUUCACAAUAUAUAUGUACAUAUACAAUUUGUGUUUUUAAAUCGCGUAGUUUGUUACCUAUAUAAUAUCAAUGGUAAACAAAUAACUAAAACAAAGUGGUGUCUGUGCUUGUGUUACUGCCGUUAAACGUUCAAAUGCGCCGCACAAUCAAAAAUAAAAAAAUUAAUUGAAGGGAAAGGCGAUUCAGCCGUCUCCUUUAGGCCCUUGUAAAAAGAUAUAGAUAGAAAUAAAACGAAACAGAAACAUGACGCUGCCUUUUAACCAGCGGUUGCUAUGACGCGCUCGGUAAGUGCGCAGGCACAGUAAAAAAAAACGUAUACAUCAGCAAAAAAAAUUAAAUGCCAAGCUCCGAUAUUGGCCUUCUUUCUGGUUUUGUUAUUUUUCCGUCAGCAGCAAUGAGUUGUGCGAGCGCGAGUCCGUGUAUGUGUGUAGAUUCCUACAUGGAAGAAAUUGUAAAAUAAGUGUGUAAAAUGUCG